UAAUAAAAAUUGGUGUUGAGUACACACCGACACCUUCUUUUAUGCAAAUUUAGAGAGAGAUAGACACAGAGAGAUCUCCCCUUCCAUGUGAAGAGAGAGAGAAUGAGGAAGAGGGAGUAGAUGUAGCAUUGCCUUUGCCUUGGGGAUUGCAUAGAGAAAGCAAAGCAAAGCAAAGCUCUUUCUCUCUCCUCUCUGUCUCUCUCUCCUCCUGACUCUGCAGCAGAUUGUUUGCAUAAAGGUGAUUUGGCGCCAGAGAGGAGGAAGAAGAAACUCCAUGAGCUACUAUUGUUCUGCCUUUGCUUGUUCAUCUUGAAUAUGGGAACUUUAGCACUUGACAAUGAAAAUGGAAGUUCAGAUGUUUACCUCUCCUUGGGGCUUACGACAUCGGGCAAAGGUGUAGUGAAAACUCCUCGGGUGCUGUCACCUCUCUCUUCAAUUCUCGAGAGAUCUGUUCAAAGGAACGAGAUGCUAUUGGAGACAACAAAUAUUAAAGAAGUUAUAACCAUAUUUCAUGGUUUAAGAGCACCCCCUCUGAGCAUUCGACAGUAUAUUGAUCGCAUCUGUAAGUACUCUGGUUGUAGCCCAUCGUGCUUCGUUGUUGCGCAGAUCUAUGUUGACAGAUAUCUUAAGUGCACAGAAGUGCAUUUAACUUCUUUCAAUGUUCACCGGCUUCUGAUAACGAGUGUAAUGCUAGCGGCGAAAUUUAUGGAUGACGCAUUCUUCAACAACGCAUACUAUGCAAAAGUGGGAGGAGUGAGCACAGCGGAGUUGAAUAGGUUGGAAAUGAAGUUCUUGUUUACGAUAGAUUUCAGACUGCAAGUUAAUCUAGAGACAUUCACAAAAUAUUGCUCUCAACUGGAAAAAGAAGCUGCAGGAGUCCAGAUCGAACGCUCAAUCCAAGCUUGCGGGAUCAAAGAGAAUUGGUCGAAGUCGAAAAAGGAAGAUUCAACUUACGCUCGCACAGUUGCGAGAUGACACAGAUUGUCGUAUCAUCUCAACGUUUAUUACACGAAUUUUCUGAAUUUCAUUGAGUUACACAAAUUCCGAUUGUUAGGUAAAACGAGUGAACAAUAAUUUUAGUAUAUCGCUUUCGUUUUGUGCAAAGUUUCGGUUUCCUUGUUGUCCAAGUGUAGAAGAAACAGAUUGUUCAACUGUAUGGGUAAGAAAUAGUGUGCAGGUGAGUUUUCCUUUUUGUUUAGUA